UUGGUGUUCCUAAAUUAUUUAUGUUUUUAAAUCGAAAAAUAGUGUAAUUAUCGAUAAUUUUUACCGCAAAUCAUGAGUAAAACAAUAGUUGAAACUAAAAAAGUUGCUCCGACUGCGGAAGAAAUGUUUUUUAACGAGAAAAUGUUGGAAACAAUGACUCCAGAAGAGAAAACUAGAAACAGGUUGUUGUAUACGUUUUAUGUUAGAUGUACAGAAGACGAUCGUGAAAAAUUAGCGGCAACGACCGAAAAAGAACAAUUUAGAAAACCAUUAAAUGCGGUGCGUACAAAUCCGGCAAGAAAAUCAAAAACCCUUGUAACGACUUAUUAUGAGGAAAAAGAAGGAGAGGAAGAUAGAUAUAUCUUUUGUGAUAACUGUAAUCAGGAAGUACUGGAUUACUGUCAAACUUGCGGUAUGUUGGUGAUGAUAAAAGACGUCCCCGUGCCAAUGGGUAUAACAGAUAGGGCCAAAAAAACUGUUCCUCAUAUCUUUGAAAUUAAAGAGUCCACCAUUCACGGUUUGGGAGUUUUCGCCGCGCGUCAACUCCCUUGCGGUUUACAAUUGGGGCCUUAUGAAGGUACUGUAACAAGGAUACCUAGUACGGGUGGUUAUAGCUGGAAACUAAGAAACGGAAAGUUGGUAGAUGCUGCAGACGAGACUAUUUCGAAUUGGAUGAGAUAUGUAAAUUGUGCCCCGCAUAUGAAAUACCAAAACGUUGUGGCUUUUCAGUACAAAGGUGAACUGUAUUACCGUACAGUGCGGAUUAUUAAAAAAGGUGAAGAACUAUUGGUGUAUUACGGAAAUUCUUUUGCUAAAGAGUUGGGUAUUGAGCCAAAAAAAUAUUUUGAUCCCGCAGUCGAGAUCCAGUUGAAAAAUUCACAUUGUUGCCGUCAUUGCCAUGUUGGAUUGAGUUCCAAAAAAUAUUUAGACGAGCACGAGCGACGUUGCCGUUUCAAAUAUAAAUUAGUGCAUACUGGGGAAAUAUUUUCAUGCCAAUUUUGCAAUGUCGGCAUGAGUACCGACGAUAUGAGGAAUAAUCACGAGAAAUAUUGCAGUCAAAGACCGAUGAAAAAAAAAAUGAAACCUUCCAGUGACGAUGAUUCCAAACGAUACUCUUGUGAACAAUGUGGAUAUAAGUCAAAUAUUAAAGGCAGUAUGAAUAGGCAUAUGAAAAUUCACGAUGAUCAUGCUGAGAAAUUCCAAUGUUAUCAAUGUAAUUUUACGACAAUUUAUAAAGGCCAGUAUUACAUUACCAAAUUUCUUUGCCAAAGAUCUUUCAUCUGGGGACACGGCGGCAGUGCCCCCGCCAAGUCGAGCACAGCCGAAGCGCUCGAAGGCAGGGUUGCCAGAGGAAAUAUGACGCGUGUCGCAGAACUCAAAAGUUUGAGAUAG